CCCGAGAGAGAUUGCGUCCUCAGGCACACACUCACCUGUGGGGUGAGUGAAAGUGUGGACCCGCAUCUUCCAGUUCAAAGUCCGUCAUCUCCAAGCAACUCCAACUCAGCUCAGCUUCCGCGCUGCAUUCAGUACAUACAACAUGACUUAAAACCACUACACCCACACCUACAUCUACACCUACGCCGACCACACACAACCUACAAGAUUGACAUAACCUACAAUCCCCACCUCACUCUGAACUCCGACCUACAAAACCAAAACCAGGAAACCCACGAAACCCACCCGGAAUAAAGUCAACAACGUCCUCAGAACAAUGUCCUCACACCCCAACUCCCCCUCCACCCAGCCACAACCCCAACAACUCCAAGAACCACACGACCCCCCUCAGACGCAAAACCAAAAACUCCCCAUCCACACAAACCACUGCCGCUUCUGCAACCACCUCCUCCUCGCCACAACCCGCACAAUCACGACCCUUCCGCGCCGCAAACCUCCAGCCCAGGAUGCAGCGCUGAUCCUGCCGCUGCCCCGCGCGGAAGAGGAGGAUGACGAGCUUGAUACAAACAACAACCCCAAGACCGAGAACGCCGCGGCGAAACAACCCCACUACACGAUCCUCCUCUCCACCACCAUCCCAGACCGGAAACCCACCUUGGUGAGGCGGGAGGAUGGGUUCGAGAAGCGCCUGUUGCUCCGGUGCGGGCGGUGUCGCGUCGUGGUGGGGUAUUUCUUGGAUGCGGUGCAUUUUCCGUCGACGGAGAUCAACAAGGAGACAGCAGAGGAAGAUGAGGAAGAUGAUGGAAAUCGACGGGCAAAGGUGGUGUAUCUUCUGCCGGGGGCGUUGAUGGAGACGGGGGUCAUGGAGGCGAAUGAUGUUGAGAAGUUGGGGGCGAUGGAUCGGGAGUGGGCUGGGUGGAUGGAGAGUUCGUGAUUUGCCCUGGGGUAUGCUGGUCCUACUGUUUUACGAAGUACAAGUUACCCUUUUUCGAACCGUGUACAGCUCAGAGUGUGGUAGAUGCUGGAAAUUCAACAUAGACUCAAGGUUCUGUCUUUCAUUUCCAAAUUUGCUGAAUGGCAUACGCCAGCUCCAUAUACACUACAAGCGGAAUAAACUUUAUAACAGAUGAACUAAUCUAAUCUCAAGCCGACAACUCCGGCAACAGGGAUCGCGCAGGGAAGAAGAAAGGAGGCAUUUCGUCACGAAGCGUCAGGGAAAGGGUAUCGUAUGUCGUUUAGUUGGCAAGGAUGGUGCGGACGAGAUC